ACAACAACCACCAAAUAUUUUAUUUUGAAGGUUAGCAACGGAAUGUAAGCAUUGGUAUUCUGGCUAACUUAACACUAUCCCUAGCUGCUGGAAGGACAGGGGAGAAAUGGCUGAUACCAUAGCUGACACAAGAAGGCUCUUCUCAAAGCCUCAGAACUUAAAUGACGCUUAUGGACCUCCAAGUAAUUUUCUAGAGAUUGAUGUGAGCAACCCUGAGACCAUCGGGGUUGGCAGGACCAGAUAUACCACGUAUGAAGUCAGACUGAAGACCAACCUACCCAUCUUCAAGCUGAAGGAGUCUAGUGUACGGAGGCGGUACAGCGACUUUGAGUGGCUCAGAGCGGAGCUGGAGAGGGAGAGCAAGGUGGUCGUCCCACCUCUCCCAGGAAAAGCUCUUUUCCGGCAGCUUCCGUUUCGAGGGGAUGAUGGGAUAUUUGAUGACUCUUUCAUCGAGGAGCGGAGACAGGCUCUGGAGCAGUUUCUCAACAAAGUGGCAGGUCACCCUCUAGCUCAGAACGAACGAUGCCUGCACAUGUUUCUACAGGACGAGUCUUUGGACAAGAACUACACCCCGUCCAAAAUCAGACAAGCCUAAAAGAAAAGAUGGUUCUGCUUAGCCUGGUCUGGCUUGGCUCUGGUCCGACAACCCAAAGCUCUCUUCACUGCUUCAGGUUUCUCUCAGACAAUAAACAUUUAAAUGACAACUUCCCCUCCCCGCUCCACCCCAAAAUAAUAUUGUUCACUGCCUCUUUUAGUUUACUUAGUGACCCUGAUCUGUGUUUGUUUUCACUUUCUAAUUGGAGUCAAGAAUGUUCGACACAUAACUGUGGUUGAAAGUAAUUUAUAUUAUUUUCUCUUUACGUCUGGAAAUGUCACUAACAUGGAUAUAUUAUGUAUUUAUCAUUUAGCUGUCAUGAAUAUAUUCAUUUAUAUCGUAACAUUGAAUGAGCGUUCUAUGUAUGUAAAGCUCUUGUAAAGACCCACAGCGUUUCCCAUCAUAUAUAUCCAAUACUGGCAUGUUGCGCACCAUAACUAGCAACUAAACACACACACACACACACACACACACACACACACACACACACACACACACACACACACACACACACACACACAUUUGAUGGGCCUUGACUUUCAAAUCACACUUAGUUGAUCCGCUCUUCAAAAAGAUGCACGUGUGUGUCAACCAGCACCUGCCCAGUUAUCACAAUGAUUUUCUAAUAAGAAAUAAUUUACACAGAGGAACUGCAGUAUUUCUACUGGCUAUAUGCAUUUUGAGAUUUGUAUACUGCUGUGCCAUUUUUGUUUAUUUUGAAGAUUUUCCAAUAAAAUAGAUGAAAUGUC